UCUCUCUCUCUCUCUCACACACACACACACACACACACACACACACACACUCGUAUUUUGUGCUGUCGUAAAACCCACGUGUCCAGCCGGGUGGCUGCCAGAGCGUGGAGCGGUGGAACUGGGACGCGGCAGCGGCCGAGCCCAGCAGCCCGCCGCGGCUCAGUCGGGCGCCCAGGUUCGCCCGUGCUGCCGCGCUCGGCAUAACUGUUCUCACGCCCUCCGCAGGCCUCCACGUCCCUGGCUUGCGGCCCCAGAGGGUCCCGGGCGGCGGGAUCUCUAGGACUCUGCUCUCGCGCUGCCCAGGGGCAUGUAGCGCACCGAAGGCGCACACUCUCCCUCACGCUCACUGAGACACGCGCACGCACCCACCAGCGGCUCGGAGUUUUCAGGUGAGCGUGGCUCGUCCAGGGUUGAGGUUCUUGGGCCCGGGAAAUAGGAGGCUGGAGGUCCCGCGCUGGGGGCGGGGGGCGAGACUGUCCCGCCUCCUGGCGCCGGAGGCCAGCACGGCUCAGGCGCUGCGCCACUCCGGCUCUGGUCGGCUCUGAGCGCAGGCAGAGGCCAGGGACUGCGUCCUGCCACCGAGUUCUGUUGGGAAGCGCCCUCUCGCCGAGCUUCGACAGUGUUGGGUGGGCGUUGGGCGGUUCGGGCUGGGAGGCUAGGCAGGGUGCACGCAGCUCCCCUCGUGCAGCGCCGUGGCUUCAGAGUAAACUCUGCGCCCCAGCCGAGUUGGGAGGAGGGAGCUGCCGAACUGGGCUGCCGCCGACGGAGUCAAAGACUCAAACUCUCGCUCCAGGGUUUUGGCGGCCAUCCUCCGCGCCCCCUCUCUCACCAGGCCCUCAGCCCUGCUCACGCAGACCCUCUUCUUUGCCCUCUGCCCCCAGCUUGAGGCGUCGGACAUGCUGAAGCCCGGAGACCCCGGCGGAUCGGCUUUUCUCAAAGUGGACCCAGCUUAUUUGCAGCACUGGCAGCAACUCUUCCCGCACAGCAGCGGCGGCCCGCUCAAGAGCGGCGGCGCCGUGGGUCCCCUGGGCGCGCCGCAACCUCUCCAGCCGCCGCCGCCACAGGAGCGCGCCGAGGCCCCGCCGGACAGCCUGCGUCCGCGGCCCUCCUCGCUCUCCUCCGCCUCCUCCACUCCAGCUUCCUCCUCCACCUCGGCCUCGUCCGCCUCCUCCUGCGCUGCUGCCGCCGCCGCCGCCGCGGCGCUGGCUGGUCUCUCGGCCCUGCCCGUGGCUCAGCUGCCGGUGUUCGCGCCUCUGGCCGCCGCCGCCGUCGCCGCGGAGCCGCUGCCCCCCAAGGACCUGUGCCUCGGCGCCGCCUCGGGCCCGGGGCCCUCCAAGUGUGGCGGCGGCGGGGACGGUCGGGGCGCCCCACGCUUCCGCUGCAGCGCGGAGGAGCUGGACUAUUACCUGUACGGCCAGCAGCGCAUGGAGAUCAUCCCGCUCAACCAGCACACCAGCGACCCCAACAACCGUUGCGACAUGUGUGCGGAUAACCGCAACGGCGAGUGCCCCAUGCACGGGCCGCUGCACUCGCUGCGCCGGCUCGUGGGCACCAGCAGCGCCGCGGCCGCCGCGCCCCCGCCGGAGCUGCCGGAGUGGCUUCGGGACCUGCCGCGGGAAGUGUGCCUGUGCACCAGCACCGUGCCCGGCCUAGCCUACGGCAUCUGCGCGGCUCAGAGGAUCCAGCAGGGCACCUGGAUCGGGCCCUUCCAGGGCGUGCUUCUGCCCCCGGAGAAGGUGCAGGCUGGCGUCGUAAGGAACACGCAGCAUCUCUGGGAGAUAUAUGACCAAGAUGGGACACUACAGCACUUUAUUGAUGGUGGGGAACCUAGUAAGUCGAGCUGGAUGAGGUAUAUCCGAUGUGCAAGGCACUGCGGAGAACAGAAUCUAACAGUAGUUCAGUACAGGUCGAAUAUAUUCUACCGAGCCUGUAUAGAUAUUCCCAGGGGUACCGAGCUUCUGGUGUGGUACAAUGACAGCUAUACGUCUUUCUUUGGGAUCCCCUUACAAUGCAUUGCCCAGGAUGAAAACUUAAAUGUCCCCUCAACCGUCAUGGAAGCCAUGUGCAGACAGGACGCCCUGCAGCCCUUCAACAAGAGCAGCAAACUCUCCCCCGCCACCCAGCAGCGCUCCGUCGUCUUCCCACAGACUCCAUGCAGCAGGAACUUCUCCCUCCUGGAUAAGUCUGGGCCCAUCGAAUCAGGAUUUAACCAGAUCAACGUGAAAAACCAGCGAGUCCUGGCGAGCCCGACCUCCACCAGCCAGCUCCACUCCGAGUUCAGUGACUGGCAUCUCUGGAAAUGCGGGCAGUGCUUUAAGACUUUCACGCAGCGGAUCCUCUUACAGAUGCACGUGUGCACACAGAACCCUGACAGACCUUACCAGUGCGGCCACUGCUCCCAGUCCUUUUCCCAACCUUCAGAACUGAGGAACCACGUGGUCACGCACUCCAGUGACCGGCCUUUCAAAUGCGGCUACUGUGGUCGUGCCUUUGCCGGCGCCACCACCCUCAACAACCACAUCCGAACCCACACUGGAGAAAAGCCCUUCAAGCAGCAGUUGUGAAGCUCCCUCUGUAUGCUAGUCGCCGUUAAUUAGAGAAUGAUCUCAAAUCUUAAAGGCACUCAAGGCUGAUGAGGGUGCCCACACUGGUAGCAAGUUGGGGACUUUCUCAUUGCUGAACUAUUCGGAUGAUGGUUCCCUUCGAGGCUGUGAUGUCAGCUCCAUGAAGACCUUGUGUGCCAGGGCAGCUUUUGGCUCCCGGACCAUUACCCACCUCUCUCUUUCUUUCUUUCUCUCUCUCUCUCUCUCCCUCUCUCUCUCUCUCUCUCUCUCCCUCCCCCACCCCCAUCUCUCUCUCUCUCCCUCUCUCUCUGCUAACCCCCAUGAAAUCCAGGCUCAGAGAUGCCCAGGCCCAGCCACUUGUCUGGGAUUGUAGUUCAGGGCUAAUUAAAUGCCAACCCAGCUGAAGUCCUGCCCUGACUUGCCAGAAUAUAAGUAUUUGCCUUAAUUUUGCCUUUCUGAUGAGUUCCAUUAAGCACUGAAAAUGAUUUGUGAAGGGUUUUUUUUUUUUUCCCCUAAACUUAAAGAUGAAGAACAGAAAAUGGGGAUUUUUCCCCCUUAUUAAAAUAUCUUCCAUCAAAUUCUCUGUAUUUCCUUAAUUCUACAAAUUGUAUUCUUAUAAUUACCAACACACGCAGGUAUUAUUUGUAGUAGCCCACUUUCCCCAACAAGGGGAAAUUCCUAGGAAAAGGAUCUAAAUUAGAGUAAUUUUAUACACAUCUGUAUAUGUUUUUACUCCCACUUGGUGAACAGAUGGCACAAGAGAUGAUUUUUCAGGGAUGAUCUCAGGAGCCCUAUAGACUUAGUGAAUUUUCUAACUAUGACGACAAAUGGUUCCAUGAGUGUAUAAAUAUCCAUGAGGCAUUUAGGCAAACACAUGAGCAAAAUCUUAACUCCCCUCUUACUGUCUCUGCCAAAUCUGAAUGUUUAAAUAUUACAUACAGACAUAAGCAUUUGCUUUAUAGGAGGCACUAGACUUCCAACCUAUGAAUUCUUUGUAUUCUAAUGCACAAGAGCAGAGGUGCAAAAGCCUGACACAGGUAACUCAGUUAUUCCUUAUAAUUGUUCAAACUCUUCUGCUUGCUCUGAAAUUGAUUCUGGAGCUUCAAAAUUAAAAAAAAAAAAAGGAAUAUAAUAAUUUGAAAGUUUGUCAAGCAGUGAAAGGUAGUAUAUUUUGACACACUAAUCCAGUAACUAAUCAGUUUUCUAAUAAACAAUCAGCAGUUUGCUAGCAUGUCAUCAGCACUUCAGGAGCCCCAGAAAGGGGAUGAGCUGCCCAUGGACGUUAAUGAAUACACCAAAAAUCAUUAGCUGAUCAAUACUUCUGAGUUAUUUUCAUUGAGCUGAUAGGUCUGAUACAUUAAAGCUGACAUUAUACAUUUGUCAAGAUCACAGUGCAGUUUUUAACAGUGGAACAGGCUGCUAAAAAUAUUCCCCAAAAGACAAUAAAAGAAACACAACUUCCUCACGCUGACACCUUCAGCUGGCAUAUAGGCCCUUAAAAAUCCAAGCAUGGUAGUCAAGAUCCAGCCUCCCAACAUUAACAAAUAUGCAAAACUCCCCAGUAUAGACAGAUGUGUUUUUUUUUUAAAGGUAGUUGCUUCUGUGGCAAAGACACUGUAUAGGAUUUACUCCAGCGGAGAGACAACCACCCACGGGAUGACGGGGCAUGUGGCACAUAGUCGGGCACCAGGGACUUUCUAAUGACGGCUUUGCCACAGCCCCAAUAGUGCAGGGACCUGAGACCUAAGUUUGCAUUGCUUAUAAGAGGAACAGUUGUCUGCAGCUCUCCUGAAAGUCUGUUCUUUCAGAGGUUUGAGGAGAGGACAUUAGGGAGAGAGCUGAAGUGGGUGCUGUGCCCUAGCAGGUGCUCAGCCAGUGCUCCAGGCAGCACAGAGGAGCAGGAUAGUAACAGGGAAGUCACUGUCUACACCCAGUUUGCUGCUGCAGUGGUGUGUGUCUGUGUGUGUGUGUGUGAGAUCAUGGACAAUCAGCCAGGAAUGACAACCACCGCAGAAAAACCAGAGGCCACCAUUAAGGUUGUGUGUGUGUGUGUGUGUGUGUGUGUGUGUGUGUUUUGAAGAUUGCGUAGUCAUCAAGCUACUCAGUGUGUAUUGCGUGGAAGUGGAUUAAGCUGUGGGUCUUUAGAUUGCCACAUUUUUUAAGUUAAGGAGAAGAGAGACUCUUGAAGUGUGAUGUCCUUUUUCUCCUUAUCAAACACACCAACCCUUUACUAUGGCCCACGUAUAUAUCCUCUCUGCUAUACCUUCUAGAGAAGUGAACUUGAAGUGCACCCACAUUGGUUGAUUUGGGGGUUUCCUGAGUCUCCUAUCCCACCACAGACUUUUUUUUUUUAACCCUGAGUUGGGUUGGGCUAUGAUACUCUAACUAGCCUUUGCACAAAAGGAACCCCCACCCCAACCCCCACAGUCACUGCAAACUAAUGUAUUGCUUCCUCUGGUUUCCAAAUUCAGAGAUGAUGGUUCUUUGGCUGCUGUGCUGGGGGGAGUAGCAUUCCUGAUUUUAAAUUAGCAGCAAGUGAAAUUCUAUUUGUCAUCAAUUUCUCUUUGGGGUUACGGAGCAGAAAACUGAAGACAAGCUGCUGCUUUGAUGGCUCACUCCUAAAAAUCUCUUUU